AUGACGGCAGCUCAGACAUACUCUCCAGUCCCAGACGAGAAAGCGCAGAACAUACUAAGGUUAGUCCAGAGUGCUACAAAGUCAAAGAACAUCAGAAAAGGGAUAAACGAGUCGACAAAGUGCCUCAACAAGGGAAGAGCUCUUCUGGUUGUCAUAGCAUGCGAUGCAGAGCCCCAAGAGAUAACGGCGUUCCUACCCGUCAUAUGUGAAGAUAAAGGCGUCCCUUUCGUUCAUGUUCCCUCCAAGAAUGCCCUUGGCGUGGCAUGCGGCAUCCAUAGGCCGAUUGCCGCAUGUACAAUCUACCUACCAAAGGAGGCGGAGUCUCUACGCCUGGAAGAGAAGAUCAGAGAAGCCUUGAGGUGA